UCAGAGCUCGUCGUCUGCAGUAGUAUUUCGGCUACGGGGGGAAGGAAAAUAUAGCUUAAAAUCGACUACAACACGUUUUCGAAAAUUCCGUUUCGCUUGGAUUUUACCUCACACCCUUCUUACAGGAACGGCUUCCCUCUAAAGGGCAAACCGGGACAAAGAGUCGAUUAGCGGCCCAUGCAGCCAUAACCAGCCCGUGAUCCACCAUCAGAUCACCAGAGGAGGUAACCCCCUGCUCCCCCAUUCCUCUUCUGUUUCCCAAGCAUCUCUGACCCCUCCCCCCUCCGCACAAAACCCUCUUCUCAAAGGCCUUUUUGGAACACGUGUCUGUUCCGCCCCAUUCUUCAAACUUCCGUUUCUAACUUCACCUGCCCAGUAGGGGGCUGACCACUCACUGGACACCCCAAAACAUGUCCUCCAUCUUGCCUUUUACCCCACCCGUGGUGAAGCGUCUCCUGGGCUGGAAGAAGUCAGCCAGCGGUUCGAGCGGAGCGGGAGGGGGAGGAGAACAGAAUGGCCAGGAGGAGAAAUGGUGCGAGAAGGCUGUCAAAAGUCUGGUGAAGAAGCUGAAGAAGACCGGCCAGCUGGAUGAGUUGGAGAAAGCCAUCACAACACAAAACUGCAACACCAAGUGUGUCACUAUCCCCAGAUCUCUGGAUGGGCGUCUGCAGGUGUCUCACCGUAAAGGUCUCCCUCAUGUCAUCUACUGUCGUCUGUGGCGAUGGCCCGACCUGCACAGCCACCACGAGCUGCGUGCCAUUGAGACCUGCGAGUAUGCCUUCAACCUCAAGAAGGAUGAAGUCUGUGUCAACCCUUACCACUACCAACGGGUGGAGACACCAGUUCUUCCUCCAGUCCUCGUGCCAAGACACACAGAGAUCCUGACCGAGUUGCCGCCACUGGAUGACUACACCAACUCCAUACCUGAAAACACCAACUUUCCAACAGGGAUUGAGCCCCCUAAUAACUACAUUCCAGAAACUCCUCCGCCGGGAUACAUCAGUGAGGAUGGGGAAGCCAGUGACCAGCAGAUGAAUCAAAGUAUGGACACAGGUUCUCCCGCUGAACUGUCUCCAAGCACACUCUCACCUGUCAAUCAUGGCAUGGACCUGCAGCCUGUAACUUAUUCAGAGCCUGCAUUCUGGUGCUCCAUAGCCUACUAUGAACUGAACCAGCGGGUCGGAGAAACAUUUCACGCCUCUCAGCCUUCCCUUACUGUGGAUGGCUUUACAGACCCCUCCAACUCAGAACGCUUCUGCCUUGGACUGCUGUCCAAUGUCAACCGCAACGCCACCGUGGAGAUGACCCGGAGACACAUAGGACGAGGGGUCAGGCUGUAUUAUAUCGGUGGGGAAGUGUUUGCCGAAUGUCUUAGCGACAGUGCCAUCUUUGUUCAAAGCCCUAACUGUAAUCAGAGGUAUGGCUGGCACCCUGCGACAGUCUGCAAAAUCCCCCCAGGUAAAGUUCAUUUUCAGUGCACAUUCUACUUUUUGUCUGUUUCCUUCAACACCCAUUUGUCGCACACACAUGAUAUAACGAUGGCACAAACCUCUUUUCUAGGCUGUAACCUGAAGAUCUUUAAUAACCAGGAAUUUGCCGCACUACUGGCACAGUCGGUGAACCAGGGCUUUGAGGCUGUGUAUCAGUUGACCAGAAUGUGCACCAUUCGCAUGAGUUUUGUCAAAGGCUGGGGAGCCGAAUACAGACGGCAGACAGUGACGAGCACACCCUGCUGGAUUGAACUGCAUCUGAACGGUCCACUUCAGUGGCUGGAUAAGGUUCUGACCCAGAUGGGGUCACCCUCUGUACGCUGUUCCAGCAUGUCCUAAUCGCCAUGACAAAGCUGUCUCACUUGCCCUAAAUAAAACGACUGAUUCUACAAUCACAUCAACCGACAAUUCGAACAAGAGACUUACAAUACCCCCUCUUCCCUUUCAUAGUAUUUGUGAACCUUUCUCUGUCUCCAAACCUGGAUGAUCUCGCUGUUCAGAUCUGAACACGGCACUUGCUGUCACAUCAGCUUCAUGCACCUUUAAUCUCUCUUACUUUCUUUCAUAAACCCUCAAUAUUAAAUGUAUUAGUAGUAGAAUUUGAAAUGUAUAUUGGUUUUUUUUUUUUUUAUUUGAUUGUUUUUGAUAAAGAGGGAAAACGUGUACAUUGUGUGGAAGUUCUAGAAGGCAGUAAAUAACUUCACACAUGUAGCAGUAAAGCUCAAGUCCCCGUGAUGAAGUAAAUAUUCCAACAUGUAUUGAUGAAUAUUUCUGGUUAGCGAUCCGAAUCCGGUUGUUCAAGGUAGUAACUUUUUCUGGCAAAAAGUUGCAUUCUGUGUUUUUGUACACGUCAAAUAAUUGUGUCGAUUCAACACGUUAUGACUUAAUCAUGUCUAUCGAUUUCAGUUACUGAAAGUAAUGCCAAAAAUUUUUUUUUUUUAAAUGUACAAUUGCCCCAAACCACUAUUUAAGAAUGUUGCUUUGAGGUAUGCUGCUGUUAGACAUGCUUCUUGCAUUCCAAAUAUGAACCUAUAGGAAUAUUUCGCAGUUGAACCCAAGCAAAAAAAAAACUAUUUGAAUUUAAACCCUUUCUUCCCAUAAAGUUAUACUACCCGUCCUAAUUAUCCAUUGGGUGAAAUAUUCACUAGUUAGCUGUAGAGUGGUUUAGGACUCUGGUUUCGUCAGAAAAUUGCUUCUUUUAAAGAUGAACAAAGACUUUCGCAGUCCACAUCUUAAAAAAAUAUAAAAAAAUAAAACAAAACAAAAAAAACAAGCAAAACAAAUCCAAGUAUUUAAGCUUUAAGUGUUAAUAAAAUAGGUUAUACUUCACAAUUUACAAGAUUUGUUUUCCCUUUUAUCUUUCUUUUAGCUACUUUUUGUAUUUUCAUGUAUUUUUAUAUAUAAAUAUAUUUAAGAUCUUUAAAGCUCUCUUCCUUUUUAUUAGAAUUGAAUAUUUUUUUAGAUCAUGCCCUCUUUUUAAAGGAACAUGGCUUCAUAACAAAAUGUCCUAUCAUUCAAAAUGGUUAUUUAGCAUGACAUUUUUGUAAGCGAAAAUCUUUUUCUCUUGCGUUUACAGUUUAAGCAGUUGUCCCGGUUAACAUAUCGCCCUUAUCUUAAAGUCCCCAAACGACCUGAAAUGCUUAUAACUUUUGGUUUUGUUUUCGAUUUUUGUUCUCCAAUAGUUACCCACAAAUGUUAUUUCGCCACGAUACUGUGCACCACUCUGCCCUCCUGUGUAAGGUUAUCUGAAGGGACAAUUCAGCCUGGCAUAAAAUUUACGAGAAACAUUGCAAUAUUCUAUAUGUUUGCAAUUGGGGAAAAAUAUUUCCAAACAGGUUGCUUUUUACAUGGUAACUGUCCAAUUAUAGUGUGCGUGAUCAUUGUACAAAUUGACUAAUGACUGUGACGAUAGUUGUCUGUUAUUCUUUACUUGUUGUGGCAGUGACAAAGGCGUUUCAAAAAUCCAUUCCUUUCUUCCCACCAGUUUUCAUAUUUUCCUUCAUUGAUCUUACUACUCUAGCGAUUGUACUUUAAGUGCAUUUUAAGUGUAGUAAAAAGCAGACAAAGAUGAUUUGGCCUGUUGCUAAACCCGAUGUGGUGGCCAUAUAAUAAUGGGAACAUUCUGCUAGUCACUUUUGACUGUGUGUGGAACGAAAACCAAAUAGAACUGAAAGCGGACCAGACAUACAGUUUAUGCAUAUAAAUGUGUAUAUAUAAAUUUAUUUUACUUUUUCUGUUUUUUUUUUGCAAAGCUUUUAACACUUGGUGAGCUUGUUUUACCAUUAGAGAUGUAUUGGUAGGACGUGAACUUCAGGUGAUAAGCUUUCAGGCGUGUUGCAUAUGCAGACUUCAUAAAUACACUAAUAAAAAGUUUUAAUUCUCA